UCUGAACCUCCCAAAUGUAGUCAAUCGGUCGGUCAAUUUGUCUGACGGCAAACACCAUAGGCUUUGAACGCAGAUUUAAUAAUACGACGUAGAGAUAAUUACCGAAUCUGGCGAAAUAUUAAAAUUGGAAAAGGUGACAUGACAAACUUUUAAAUUGCAUAAAAAUUUUUGUUAUUGUCAUUGCUUAUAGAUCAUUCGAAAGAGUAGCAGUAUUUUCUAUGAGAUUAGCCAAAAUGGAAAACAGAUUCUUAUUCCUCCAUCGGAUAUUAUUCUUAGCAUGUACAAGAAUAUUUUAAGUAUGUACCUUAUAUAAAUUGUUUUGUGUGUGUGGAGUACAUGUUUAAGCUUAUUCGUUCUUGGCACUUGUAAAUGUAACGAAUCAUAAUAUUGUCAAAUUUGGUCGAAUGUCCUAUAGAAAGUGUUCAAGCAUAUCAUGGUAGCGAUGCCAAUCAGGUCGUCCUAACUGUCCCACUGCACUUUGGAGAUAAAGAAAAGGCUGACAUGAGGUACCUGUACAAAUAUAUCAGACACAUGCAAUAGUCAAUAGUCUCGCUUUGUCGCAUUUUCUUAUCAUCAUUUUAGAUUACUAUCCAUAUACAGACGUUUUGAAUGACCAUACACGUUAGUGCACGUUAGUGCACGUUAGUGCAAUUAGAAUAACGUUAGUGCACAGCUCUACACCGUGAUGCUCUAGUGUUAGGAUUCGUGUUAGAUGAGGCCGAUUUAGUCUGUAGUCCACACAACACACGCUAGUUAGAUAAAUGCCGGUUCAAACAAUAGUACACUAAAAAAGCAAGCGUCAUAUGAUUAUCACUGGCUAUAGUUUGCUAAAUUUUCAAAAUAUGGCGCUUGUUUCUCUCUGAUUCUACAAAAUAGUAUAAUUAUGAAUUAGUAUUCUUUAUCCUUUGUUAGUGACUGUCCGUCAAACGUUACAUUAGAUUUGCUUGCAUGAUUCAUCUAGCCUUCUUUAUGGUUUUUUCAGGCAGAUGGAACCCAUGCAUAUGAUGAUAAAAUAGUGCAAAAAUACUGUAUACUAUUGUAAUUCAAGUAGAUGCCUUAUUAGGCUCGUUUCCACUCAAGAAAAAUUUUUCACGAAAAAUUCUCCGAAAACAUCAUUGUUAAAAGUUGAAAAUUUUCAACUUCAAAAUUUUUUUCCGACGGAAAACUUGUGUCCGCCAAUCACAUUUUACAAAAUUUUCUUUCUUCGGAAAAAUUUCAUGAGUGGAAAUGAGCCUUUAGCGUUAGGACUGGGUUAAGGAUAUAAGGAUGAAGAAUGUUUAAGGGUAGAAAUCGCUGUAUUUAAAUUGUGGUUAAGUAGUAUAUUAUAUACAGUUUCUCUUGACAGUAAUAUUUUUAUAUGUUGUAGAAAUGCAGCUGAAAAAGCUGGUUUCCGUGUUCUUCGAAUCAUUCAUGAACCGUCAGCAGCCGCUUUGGCGUAUGGUUAGUAUAAGAAUGUUUAGAAUAGUGUCAUUCAUGGCGAAUGAUGCUGACGAGCUUAUAAACUUUCUUCACAGAAAAUUAUCUUCGUAGGAAUGUGACGUAAUUUAGAACAUCUACAAAUUAUGCUACUUUGAAGUGCGACUAACCCCAAAUAUGAUUUUUGGUAUGUGUAAUAUUUGCGUCAUUCUAAGAAGAAAUGUGAUGUAUCUUUAUAGUAAAAAACCUCCUCUUGAUCAACUUUUUCAUUGUCAAAGUUUCCGGAUAUGAUGUCAUUAGGCGAAUUUUUUAUACAAAAAAAUUUGUAAUUCACCUAAUGGCAUCAUAUCCGGAAACUUUCACAGUGAAAAAGUUGAUCAAGAUGAUAUUUUUUAUUAUAAAGAUAUCUUCAGAUGACCCAAAUAUCAUACACAUACAAAAAAUCAUACUUGGGGUUUGUCACACUUUAACCAAGAUAACCAAUUCAGCUUUCGGGUGAUACGAAGAAUUUGUUUGCGUUAUCCAAAUCCGUUUUCAGCUUCAGCAGAUAACACGAACUUCGAACAAUUGUUAAUUAUACAUAUGCACACAUGGUAAGCUUAUCCCACAUCUUUGUUUUGCGCGGUUCGACAACAUUGAAUAUACUACAUACUGAGUACGUUUAUGAUGGAGAGUACUCUUUGUGCUACUAAUACUCCGUGGACUUGUUGCGAGCCCGUUGGUGUUUCAUUAUUAAACUGACAUUUAUCACUGUCCUCCACUAAGUCCACCGUGCAUGCAUGAUCAUGAGCGAUCUCCACCAUGUGGCGGAGGGACAUAUGCCCGUGUGUUUCUUGAUGUCGAAUCUCUGAAAGCUACGGAGAUAAUUUGAGUACAUAAAACAUGUUAAUUAAACGUUAUUAUGUUUUUUAGGAAUAGGACAAGAUGACCCAUCUUCAAGCAGGUGAGAGGGAAAUAUUAGUUUAAAAAUGAAUUAAAACUUUAUUUUAUAAAACAUAUGUGGUAUAAAAGUGAUUUACCAUAUGCUCUUUUAUUCAUUUUUAAACUAAAAUGAGGAGGAGCUAAAUAAUGCUAUUCUCUCAAAAGUCAUUGUCAGACAGAACGUCAAACUGUUCUUGAAAUAAUAUACGAAACAGACUAACGAAAUGAAAAAUUUCAUAGAUGCAAAUUUCGUGAGUGUAUUAUUUUUAUACAUUUAUUGGACGUAUACAGUACAUGUGGUUGUAUUUUCGCAGCUGCUUCUGGUUAGGUCAACGUAGACGUAGAAAAUUUACACUUGAAAUUUCCAUCUACAAAAUCCUUGAAAAAUCAGAAUCCUGAUGUUUCCGGAAUGAAAAGUUCCAUUUUCAAACUCAUGCCUGACAAGGUUUUAUCUCUUAAAUUUUUCCUCUCAAAUGUUAUGGUACUUUUCCCGGAGUCUCUUUCGCAGUUUAUUUUUAUUUAAUAACUGUAACUAUUACCAGACACUCUACAGUAUAAGAUGUUUUCUUCUUUAUAGUAUAGUAUUGGUGUAUCAUCUUGGUGGCAGAUCAUUACAGAUCACAUUGAUAUCUGUGAACAGUGGAAUAUACAGAAUUAUGGAUUCAAUUUAUGAUGAUAGUAUUGGAGGAGGAAAAUUUGAUGAGGUUUUGGUGCAGCAUUUAGCUGCCGAAUUUAAAAGGUUUGUCAUAAAGAAUAAUAUCUUUUGAUUUGCUUUGUACGCAAUCCAAGGCCUCGAAAUUUAUGAUGGCAAUCGGAAAACGCCGACCUGCUUACUGACCCAUCAUGCCUUUACCUUCAACCAUAAAGUCUUAUUCCAUGUGAACUGUCGAAUUGAAACAGGUGACGAGGGGUCGUAAUAAUAUAUAACUCCUAUCUAAACCUUGGAAAGUUGGAUCUGCCUCAUCCGCAGGCUCUUAUUUUUGCCACAUAUCAGUGACAUAUAUAGAUCAGUGGUUAGGAAAAAGAUCGGUUGUGAUGUAUGAUGGGAAGGGCAACGAGAAACGCACUUGCAUUCAAUUUGUAUCCCCCGCCGCCUGAAUUCACAUAAAGCGAGUGGGGACGUAGCAGAGGUUGGAUAUCCACCCUUCUACCCAGAGCCGUGCCGAGCGGUAUCUGGUUAGGGGGGGGGGGGUGAAUUAAAAAAUUGGGGUUCCAUUCCAGGGCCCCCUCAAAAAAAUUUUUCCGGAAAGCAAAAGUUUUUCCGCAAAAUGUUUGGGACGGGGGAGGAGGAGGUCGACGAAAGCAAAACGUCCCAAAAAAUUUUUCGAACGCUAGUUUUACAUAAUGGGAGCGUAAAUGUAGUUUUUCAGACCUUUUUUGGCCUCAAUUUUCCAGAAAAUUCCUUAAUAUUUAACACGUUCCGCAAUUCCAGGGCCCCUCUCCGCAAAUUGGGCCCCCUUUUUUACUAUUCUUUUGGGAGGGUGUUACACCCCCCCCCCCCCAGUAGUUCCGGCCCUGCUUCUACCCUAUUCACAAUUCUAACUAUCAAUUGCUACAUAUCUUCCCUGGAUCCCGAGGUUUAAUGGCAUUUGGAGGCGACAAGAUAGCCACUCUGCGCCAGAGUGGAGGGUACAGCUUAAGCUAAAAAGCGAACCCCCUGACCCAGGGUACUACAUAUCCAUAUUAACAUGCAACAACCAAUUUGCUCUACCAACUCGUCGCUCAGUUGGUAGAUCAUAAGACUAGCAAACCAUAGGUCAAGCAAGUUUUCAGCUUGCCCGUGCGGAGCAACUAACGUUAAUAAGUAAGGCUACGUGUACACUAUUCCGGAUAACUUUCCGUAGCGGUGCGAAAAAGCACCUGUCUGAUAUGGACUGUACAACUUUCAGAAGCUGAGCGAAACAACAUCUCUCCGUUGCAAUAAUUCCUCUGACAAUAGCGUUCCUACACUGUAAAUUUUAAGGAGUUGAAUCAACUCCAAAAGUGUUAUUCUGUGACUAAAAACGAUGAUAGAAUAACACUUUUGGAGUUGAUUCAACUCCUUAAAGGGCAUAUGACUCGAAAAUUGACGGUGUUAUUUUUUAGUCUAAUUUGAAAGAUCAUUGAAAACUUUAGAGUAACUUCUGUGACAGAUUUUUGUUUUCUUGCUUCAUUUUGGAGAUAUUUCAUUUUGUAUGAUAUGCAAAAGACCAACUUUCUACGUCACACAUGCAUAAUGACUCACUUUAAAAUGUUAUAUAAUUUUGUCACUAUCAAAUAAAUUCGCUCAAAAUGAAUGAUGAGCACGAGAUUUGUCCACAACAACAUCCAUGUAGGUUUUCUACUGAUUGUGUUUAGUCGUAUUGAAGAUAUACAGCUUUUAGGGCUAAAUCAUGCAUAUGUGACGUAGGAAGUUGGUCCUUUGCACAUCAUACAAAAUAAAAUAUCUCUAAAACGAAGCAAGAAAACAAAAAUCUGUCAAAGAAGUUACUCUACAGUUUUCAAUGAUCUUUCAAAUUAGACUAAAAAAUAACACCGUCAAUUUUCGAGUCAUAUGCUUUUUAAAUUUACAGGGUAAAAGGUAGGGAUAGGUGUGUUUUCACGUCGCCAUCGAAAGCUAUCAGGUACAGUUUAAACGUAGCCUAAGCAAUGUAGCGUCUUCUAAAAAAGUGAUCUUUUAUCAACUGUAGAAUGUGGAAAGACGACAUAAAGGACAAUAAGAGAGCGAUGGCGAAACUUCGAGCUGGUGCUGAAACGUGUAAACAUGUUCUCACGUCACAUGGUACAGCGACAUGUUCUGUUGAAUCACUUCAUGAUGGUAUUGAUUUUCAAUGUAAUGUUUCCAGGUAUACAUGCCAUCUUCGUGUUAUAAUAUAAUUUAAAGACAGGGUGGAGUUAGGUGAAGCCAGAGUAACUCGCAGCUCUCGAAAACUCGUCAAGGUAAGUUUAAAACCGCUCAAAUAAAACAACUUAUUAUUAGCAUGACAACAUUACUGGAUGCUGAUUGGUUGAGAGGAGUACAAUUAUAUCAUUAAUUGUACUGCAGUACAAUUAUUGAUUUUCACAAAACAAACAAAAUGGCCGAAAGGUAUUUAAACACAAAUUAAAUUGCCCAUGAGGAACUUAAAGCAAAAGAACUAAAUGAAAAUACGAACAAAAGCACCAAAUUUUGGUUGAAAGUCUGGCAGGACUGCAUGGGCUUUGGCGAGAGAAUGUGAUGUUGACAUUGAGAAUUAUCCAAUUUUGUCAUGCUAAUAAUAAACAAGUAACGGCGGCUCGUCCAAUUUUGGCAAAAAUUGUAUAAUUAGGUCGUGUAUAAUUAGAAAGCUGCGGAUUGAUAGGCCAUAGAAUGUUUGCUAAAACAAGGCACCAUUUUGUGAAAUAUAAUUAUAUACAAAAACUUAAAUUACUUGAAAAAUUACGUGGAAGUUCAUUUUGUAUUUUGUAGUUUACGCAUAGAUAUGUGAGUUUUUUUAUGUGUUCUUUCUUUAUUUAGAGCACGAUUUGAAUCACUAAGCUCUCAAUUGUUCCAAAAUUGUCUUAAUCCAGUUCAAAAACUCCUUGAGAAAUGCAAUGUCGAGGCUGCUGAUAUCGACAAGGUAAUGCGAUGAUUGCCUGUUCUUACUUACUAAACAUUCAUUGCAUGCCAAGUCCUUCGACAGAUAAUUACGGAAUAGCAUGGGAGAUUAAACUUUUUCAUUAUAGUCUAGUCAUGGUUUAAAAGUAAAAAUUGAAUUUAGUUGCCCUAGUAAUAACUGAAUUUCAUCCACUUGAUUCGAGACCGAUUACUUAGACCCCAAUAGGCAAUUCCAGCUUUUAAUUUAUGCGCGCAGGGGAGGAUGGGAAGUAAGGUAUCAUAUUGCUGAUUAUGCUGAAAAAAUAAAAAUGACGGCCGUGUUAACACGGAGUGAUAGCUUAUACUUGUAAAUAAUGAAAUAUUUCGGUUGUUUCGGCAGUUUUUAUUGAAAUGUUUCAGCAUAAUCAGCAAUAUGAUACCUUACUUCCCAUCACCCCCUGCGUACAUAAUUAAAAGCUGGAAUUGCCAAUUACACGAUCCGGAUUCGCAUCGGAGCGAUAUCAAAUUUUACAGUUUCAAGAUUAUGAUAAUAUAACAGAAUUACGCCCGUAUUCUAAAAGCUCACUCACACUCAAUGACAGGAGGUUCAAUCUAAGCUUCUCUGGAGUGUCAGUGCUAUUUUUGAAUAGCUGAAGGGUUAGUGUCGUACCUUACUAUGCGACUACUCACCCUCCAGUUAUUCAAAAACAGCACUGACACUCGAGAGAAGCUCAAAUUGAACCUCCACUCACUGAGUGUGAGUGUGAGUGAGCUUUUAGAAUACGGGCGUUAGUCAAAAACUUCAAAUAUAUAAAAGUUGCGUGUGAGAGGCCAAAAACCGUCUUUUUUAUGUCGCUCGACUCGCUCCGAUGCGAAUCUGGUAUUGUGUAACUGGGGCCUUACGGUAUAAUCUACAGUAUGCCCAUAGGUCGAAGAGGCGUAUUGUCGGCAUCCGCCGUGCAGCAAUAUAAUUUCGACCAAGGAGGUAUUUUACUGAGGCGGAACGCCACAUCUGCCGUCAGCUCCCAGUAACUUACCACACAGUUCAAAUUUACCUGAAACCAUGCUAUUCUUAUGAUGAGUUGGCGCGGCAAGGAAUCGAACAUCGGACUCGAUCCCCAGAUGAUUGCUCUACCUUUUUCAAGUUCUGCAACGUCAAGUUACAGUAGAACUGGCUUUCAGGUUGGGUUAAAUCUCUUGACACUAUUAUAUGACGGCAAGCUUUGCUAAGUAAUAUGCGUGGUGUUUACACAUGAAAGCAUGUCUGUAGUUUUCACUCGAAAUUUCCAUCCACGAGAAACCGACCAUUAAGGGUAGUUCGAACUCGAGUUUACUUAAAGGCACAGUUCAGCCUUCUCAAUGAUAGUUUUUAAGGCUCCUUACAGCCCUUUUAAUUGUCUAUGAAAAACUAACCGGGAAAAUCAAUUACGUUUUAUUGUUAAAAACAUUGAAUUUACUGAUCUUGAAUUGUGCAUAAUUGAUUUUCCUAGUUAGUUUUUCAAUUAAAAGGGUUGGAAUGCGCCUUAAAAACCAUCAUUCAAAAGGCUGAACUGUGCCUUUAAUUCUUCUCGUUUGAUCGCGGCAUUAAAGUUCUGCUGUGAUCUAUUUCAAGGUAAUUUUAUGUGGUGGUUCUACACGGAUACCCAGACUUCAAUCAUUAUUACAAGAUGUAUUCAAAGGAAAAGAAUUAUUGAAAAGGAUAAGUCCUGAAGGAGUGGUUGCUUACGGAGCCGCUGUACAGGUUUGUUUCUGCACACUCGUGAUGUGUUUUACUUCUACCGUCCUUUGCUUCAAUGAUCAUGUGGCACCUUCAUGUUUGUAACGACCUUUGACAGCGAAUGACGUUUAACUUCUCUCACGCUGAUUGGCUGGGACAAUAGACCCUUCCGUAAAGUACUUAAUCUUGGCUAUACAGUCUCGUUUUCGUAAUUGAGCUUUAUUCUUUAGAGCCCUUUAUCUUGUUACGGAUGACCUACUGUAAUCAUGUAAAGGUCUUGUUAUAACUGUAUGAUUUCGUAAAUAUGUCGUCACCUGGAACAAGAUAACGGGCUCUAAAUCGAAUACCUCAAUUACGAAAACGAGGCUUUGGAGCCAAAACUGAGUAAGUAUACGAACAUACGACUUCGACAAAACGCAAAAUACGUCGCACAUGCAAAUAAAACAUGAUAAAAAAUUAGAGCACAUUAGCUGAAAAAUUUGCACAAAUUGUUGAUGUCUCUAUGCGGGAUGCCAGAGGGUAUUCUAUUUGUCACAUUUAAAAAAAAUUCUGUGAUUCAAUCGGUUGAAAAAGUACACAGUUUAUGACGUAUAUUCUAAAUUAGAAAAUAUAGGUAAUAUUGGUACUUUGUUAGCCCAAUUUUUAAUUCAAAAUUGUUCGACGAAGUAUUAGUUCCGCAUUGAGUUGAAUUGAAAGAAGUAAAAAGGCACCACUCGGAAAAUCGAUUAAAAAAGCCGUCAGAUGAAGUGCGAGCAGGAGAAUGUGACGGCGAUAGUGAAGCUUACUCGAGUAGUCUAAACAAAGAGCCAUACCGUGGUUCUAACGAUCUGGUGCAUAUCUACUUUAGAAAGUUACCAGUACAACUAUACACACAAUAAUUGUUAAAAAUAUUACAUACCUGAAUACAAAUUCUUCCACGGAGAGUUUGAGAUCACAUUUUGCUGUUUCCUUGUUUCACUUUAUGUAUACAGUAUAUUUGAUACCCCCAAUAUCUGCUUUGUUUUCAUGUUGUAGUUCAACCGCAGACCAUGGCAUAACGGUUUUUCCCAUAAAAAAGUUUAACUUGUUUAAAAUACAAACAUCGGUAUUAAAAGCUAAAACGUUAAAAGCUAACGUACAUUAACUGUUUCGAUGAAAAACAUUUUUCUCCUUAAGCUAUUUCAUAUAAAUCCUGGCAUGUAUCUUCAAAUUCAAAGCUGUAUCUGCAACAAUUUUCUCGGUUGUUUAUAUUAAAAUUUUAGUCAGCAGAUUGACAUUUGCUCCCGACGUGAUUUCGACCAAUCAAAAUGCUGAAGAACGGGCAUCAAAUUUGAGAGGUGGACAUCAAUUUUCGAGCAGUAGACAUCAAAUUUUGGGAGGUGAAUAGCAAAAUCGAUAAACAGGACUAGGUGGAAAGCAAUGCAUGGUAGCGGCUAUAGGCGACCAAUCAGAACACGAUACGCAAAAUAUUUAUGAGACAAUUUCUGAUUAUCGGUGGAAAAGGAUAAGCAUUGUCUGAAUAGAAGCGUGUCAGCAGUGGCCUCUCUUCCCCCUUGAAUUCGCCCGUGAAUAAAUAAUGAGGUCACACCAAAAUAGCUGCCACAAGUCUAACAAAGUUGGAACACUCAUUAAAUGUUAAUCUAGAGCUUGAAAUGUCACCUGUAACAAUUACGCAUGACUGCCAACUCUCAUUGAAUACGCAGUUGUAAUCAUUAUGUUGUUGAUUAUUUUUAGGCGUCGUUACUACAAGGAGAUGAAGGAACAGAACUACACAGGAAUACUCAUCAAAUCAAUUGUACAGCCAGGGCCAUUGCAGUUAAGGUGAAUUGUUCUUAUCUGUUUAUUUUCAAUUCAAGUGCGGACACUUUGAUGAAUCUUAUGGAUGCGAAUACGUCGACACAUGAAAAGUGAAUUGUAUUUAAAAUAACUGCUGUGAAUGAAUUAAUGCCCUUUUGUCUGUUGCUGCAAAUUGUUUUAUUCUAUUGCUUCUGCCCUUCAUUGAUCGAACUUAUUUCCUUUGAGGAUUGCCUCACUGGGUAUCCACCAAGGAAUUGACCAAUCAAUUCUCGUGUAGUAUCAAUGUUUAAAAUAUUCAUGUAUGCCACGUCUUACAUCGUGAAAAUUUGAAACUUUUAGGUUAAUGAAGAUUCAUCAUCAUCUCCUGUAAUCACAGUCAUACCCAGUCUAACUCCAAUCCCAGUUAAAAGAAUAUAUAAGUUUACCUCUUCACAAGAUGAUCAGGUAUAAAUUAUGCAGCAUAAAAAUAUAUGGAGCCCAAGUAAUUAUUUUUAGGGCGUGUUGUAUAAGGGACCGGUCAUAAAGUAACUGCUAGGAUGGGCCAGAGGAAAUAAGGAUGGGCCAUGAAAUUAUUUUUAUCAGUUUGGGUGGGCCAUCAAUUUGUUUUUUGUGCAAAUGGAUGAGCCAUGAAACACAUAUAGCCUGUUUGCACUCAAUAUGUACAUGCUAUAAUAACUACUACACAAGUUAUGAGAAGGUGACUCAGUGCAUUGUUUGAUCAUGGGUCGUGAAAUUUUUCCAAUGACCUACGAUGGGCUUUGAAAUUUUUUCUAGGUUCUUGGGAUGGGCCACCGAUUUUUUUUGGAAAACUUAUUUGUCCCUCCGGCCCACCCUAGCAUAUGACCGGUCCCUAACUAUAGACCGUUUUAUACUGGGGAUGUUUCCCGCGCAAAUCGACUUCUAUUUCUUUGUUGAACUGGUUGAUCAUUAGGGAAAAAUUAGAUUGAUCACUAUUAUUAUGAUAUUUUAUCAAAAGACUACACAUUCGCUUACAUGUGUUUAUUUCUUUCUAGAGUAAUAUUUGUGUAGAUGUUUAUGAGAUUUUUGAAAAUGAUCCUGAAAAAACCGACCAACUUCUAGCUAAGGUAAAGGUAUAUUACGAAAUUAUCGCCC